AGAUAUUACAAAGCCAAAGUGCUCCCUCGACCCUCUAGUCGCGAUAUUUAUCGCUCUGAAGACUUUGCGACAGCACAGGGCUGCAUACAGAGCAUUGACAGGAGACCCGGCUGGCAUCCGAAAGCGUCAUGGGAGCGGGAACAACUCCGAUCAUACCAGACCUUCAGGGCAAACGUGUACUUAUCACUGGUGGAUCUGCGGGCAUUGGCAAAGCGGCUGCUCAUCAGUUUGACGCCAAUGGAUGCCAUGUCGCGGUGCUUGGGAGGAGGCUGGAGCGCUUGGAUGCAGUGUCAAAGCAGCUGAAGCAUGGAGUCUCGAUUGUGGCAGACCUGACAAAGGAGGAUGACAUGAAACGCGCUGUCAAGGAGGCCAUUGAGAAGCUGGGGGGCCUGGACAUUCUGGUCAACAGUGGCGGAGUCACCACAGAAGAAAUGAACGGCAACGAUGAGGCUGCCUACAUAGCUGCCUUCAAGCUGCACGUGACAGGGAACCUGACACUCAUCAGGGCAGCGGAGGAGGAACUGAUCAAGAACAAGGGCGCCAUUGUGAACAUAUCCUCAGUUGCAGCGAUAUUCCCCGCAGCAACAUUUGCUCCAUAUGGCGUGGCCAAGGCAGCACAGGACAAACUGACACAGGACCUGGCCUUUGAGUUUGCUCCCAAAGGGGUGCGCGUGAACUCCAUCCUCCCAGCUGCGAUCAACACAGAGGCAUUUGAUAACAUGGCUGAGAAGCAAGGAGUCCCCAAAGAGGAGAUCAUAGCAAAGCUUGCACCACACCAUGCGCAGAAUCGCGUGGCUGAGCCGGAAGAGGUCGCGGCCCCCAUCGUGUUUCUGGCAUCCAACGCAGCUUCUUUCAUCACCGGGGUCAACCUGCGGGUCGACGGAGGCGCUACCUUAGGGUACUGGUUCAACAGGGCGAGUAUGUUUGAGUGAGCAUGCUGGAGUGCAUGUUUGCAGUCAAUGUUUCCAGGAGUUACACUAUACUACAAUGAAUGACUGCUCGAUGAUGCCACCUGAUCAAUCGUUGAUUUCUGCAUAUGGCGUUCCUGCAAUCCACUUAGGUCAAAAUGGCAAAUACUAGCAGGUAACUGCUGAGGACAGCUAUGAUGGCACAUGCUAUGAAGGACUACCUUGAAGAUAUGGUGGAAACCCAGAGAACUUGCAAGAACAGAUGUUGUACAUACAGCCGCUGAGCACCACACAGGCGUUUCAUUCCAAAUGGGCAAAGACAUUUGCUGUCUCACAAGUAAGAGACUCCGAGGAUUUGCCGCGAGGCCUCACCCUUCUCUAUUUUCCACUGUCGCUAAAGAAGGUGCUCUUAAUUUCUUGAUCAGUAAAAGACACUUCACACUCCCUUUACUUAUGACAAAGCGGCCAUGAAAUGUGUAUUUAUUGACCAUUUCAAUGACUGUUUGACAGCAGUG